UGGUUCUCUUCCUCAAAAGUUGACGGGAGAAGAUCAUCAGGAUCAAACUGUCUCAAAAAAUCACAAAAACUGUGCGAAGUUUGCGUUUUAAUCGAAGUUUUGCGAGUGUGAUUCAUUUCAUUACCACCACUUUUCUACGCAAUUAGAAGAAAAUAGUGAAGUUGUGUUUUCAACCACAGGGCAGACCCACAAAAGCUUCCGGGAGAAAACCAAAUCCAGUGGAGAAAAAUGCCUGCCAAAGAACGAAACAUUGCCAUGAUGGGGUACCGAUCCGUAGGAAAGUCCUCGCUCAGUAUUCAGUUCGUCGAAGGACAAUUCGUUGAUUCGUAUGACCCGACCAUUGAAAACACUUUCACAAAGAUCACACGUGUCAACUCAACCGACUACGAGGUGAAACUGGUCGACACCGCCGGUCAGGAUGAGUACAGCAUAUUUCCCGCCCAGUACAGCAUGGACUUCCACGGGUACGUGCUGGUGUAUUCGAUCACCAGCCAAAAGUCGUUCGAAGUCAUCCAGAUCAUCUACGAGAAGCUGCUGGACGUGAUGGGAAAGGCUUACGUUCCCGUGGUGUUGGUGGGAAACAAAACCGAUUUGCAUCAGGAACGAGCCGUCUCCACCGAGGAGGGUAAAAAGCUAGCGGAAUGCUGGAAGGCGCAAUUCCUAGAGACAUCUGCCAAACAAAAUGAGUCUGUAGCCGAUAUAUUCCACCUGCUUUUGCAGCAGAUCGAGCGCGAUAACGGAAACACCGGCGAGAAGAGCAGCUGUACAAUCUCCUGAACAGCAGGUGAGCAAGCCAUGCAAACCAUCCCAGUACUUCUUCUCCCAAGCCCCAUCACAGUAGCUUGAAUUAUUUUCUCUAUGGGGCGUUCGUUGAUCGGUCACACAGACACACACAUGCAUAGGUAGAUAGUAGGCUGGGUCAUGGCCCCAGGAGGGAGAUUCUUGGAAAAAGAGUACACUUUUGGGUUUAUCGCCUCCAAGCAAACAAACUAAAUUUAAAGCUAGGGCAACAAUAGGCAAUUGUGCAACAAGCAAUGUUUUCUUAUUGGUUCGAAAAGAUUUUUUUCUUGUUUAGGUUUUAUUUUAUCCAAUUGUGGAAUUUUAUCUGUUGAAAGAUGUUAUUAGUUGGCUCAAACUCACUAAUCUAUGGAAAGGAAAGGAGAAGAGAUAACCCAAGCGUACAAGUCGUUUCACAUCGUAGAAAUUCAAAGUUUAAUACACACAUAUGGAACAACAAUAUCAUUGUGAGAAAAGUAUGGAAUGGAGGAUACGAAAUGUUUUAUUCGAAUGUUUCGACAGGGCACAGUGGAGAUGAGUUUUUUUUUUCGGGAAAUUAGGACUAACAAUUGUGUAAAAAAAUCUAUUGAAAAUAUAUUUUAAAAGAAAUUUACCACCACACUAAUCUAGUAGUUUAUUAGGAAUCGUUGGAGUAAACAAUUAAGCGAAAAUGAAUGCAAGUGAAGUAAAAAAACAGUGCAGAUGGGACUUGUCCUAAGCACCUUUGAGGGAAUAUACGAAUCGGACUUUCAUAGAUAGGGUUCACCAAUAGAUAAACGUAAUUAUAUCUGCUGCGAUAUAUUGACAAACGUACUACUACUACAGUUCUGAAAAUGAGAGGAAAGACAUCAACUUAUGCGAACUUAGGUGAGACAAUGGUCGGCGAACUAGAAAUAGGCGGCACUAAUGAAUUCGGAAGUACAGUAGACAUUCGAUAACUACAAUUUGUUUAAGUUUCACCUUCUUAGCGAAAUUUGUUCUACUGCAACAACAUAAGUCACCCGUUUAUAGGGUCCUAAAGCCCUACCUAGAUUCUUGGUUUACACGACAAACGAUGGCCCAAGAAUAUAUAUUUACUCAAUUUUCCGAUGUUUUGAAUGAUUGUGGUUAAAAAUAUAUAUUUAUUUUUCUAUUUUUUUGGUACAGUAGACGUUCGAUAACUGCAACAUGUUUACGUUUCACUUAGCGAACAAAAUUCGAUAACUGCAACGUCAGAUAGACGUCAACAACACAGCUAUUGACGUUAAAUGAACGCAAAAUUCAUUCGACUGUUCAUUUGGGCUAACUUGGCGCACCGUUUUGACGGAUAGCGGUGCGAUUACUGCAAAUUUGUUGCACUUAUCGGACUUGCAGUUAAAAAGCAUUGCAGUCAAACCGUUUGCACCGAUCGAACGUCUACUGUACUCAAUUUUCCGAUGUUUUGAUUGAUUGUGGUUUAAAAUAUAUACAGUAGACGUUCGGUCGGUGCAAGUGGUUUAACUGCAAUGCUUUUUAACUGCCAGUCCGGUAAGUGCAACAAAUUUGCAGUUAUCGCACCGCUAUCCAUCAAAACGGUGCGCCAUGUCAGCCCAAAUGAACAGUCGAAUGAAUUUUACGUUCAUUUAACGUCAAUUGAUGGGUUGUUGACGCCUGUCUGACAUUGCAUUUAUAGAAUUUUGUUCGCUAAGGGAAAUGUAAACAUGUUGCAGUUAUCGAACGUCUACUAUAGCUGUAAGUUUGUUGCAUUUGGCGCCUUGCAGUUAAAAAGCAUUGGGGACUACGAAUGUCAUGAUUUACAGUAGACGCUCGAUAACUGCAACAUGUUUACGUGUCACUUAGCGAACAAAAUUCGAUAACUGCAACGUCAAACAGGCGUCAACAACCCAUCAAUUGACGUUAAAUGAACGCAAAAUUCAUUCGAUCGUUCAUUUGGGCUAACUUGGCGCACCAUUUUGACGGAUAGCGGUGUGAUAACUGCAAAUUUGUUGCACUUACCGGACUUGCAGUUAAACCGUUUGCACCGACCGAACGUCUACUAUAUCUAGCAAUGGGUUUAGUCUUGAUUAUAUUUUAUGCGCUCCGGAAUGAUGUACAGUAGACGUUCGAUAACUGCAACAUGUUUACGUUUUACUAAGCGAACAAAAUUCGAUAAUUGCAACGUCAGAUAGGCGUCAAAAACCCAUCAUUUGACGUUAAAUGAACGUAAAAUACAUUCGAUUGUUCAUUUGGGCUAACUUGGCGCACCAUUUUGACGGAUAUCGGUGCGAUAACUGCAAAUUUGUUUCACUUACCGGACUUGCAGUUAAAAAGCAUUGCAGUAAAACCGUUUUCACCGACCGAACGUCUACUGUACUACACAACCGGUUACCAAUGGUUUCUACAUCGUUAUCGCAAAUCAAGCGAGAGUUGUUGCGAGACUUCCUAUAAUUAUACUAACUGUUCAAUAAAUUAACGAAUUUUGUUCUCUAAUGUGACACGUUAUCGUAGUGAAGACAACUCAAGUGCUCUACUUAUGUUCGCCGACUAAGAAUCGCCACUGUAAACUGGGACAUUGACUAUCUAGCAUAAUAUAUUAGACAAAGUACGCGAAACUACAAAAAAAUGGAACGUUAAUUCAACGUCGUUCAACAAUGAGAUUAAGCGACAAGAUGCGCACAAGCGCGACAGGACAUACCAAAUCACAUAAAAAAACUACAUAUUACCAUAUUACGGAAGCUUAAUUUUUUCAGGUGGGUAUUACACCUACAACUAACUACACCCUUAUAAAACUAUGUCAGUGUACGUCUUCUAUUUUGUCCCGCAAAGAUCUAUAUAUUUUUGUUCGUUCAAAGCCAGUGACAAGGAAAUAAAUCUGUAGUAGUUGUGUAGUGGAUACAUACUAGACUAGUUAGCACUAGGAUUAGAGGCACUGCGGCAGUAGUACGCAUAUGUAGACGACUAAAAAAAUAUAGUAAAAAUUAGUGAUGUACCGAAUAGUACUAUUCGGCCUUCGGCCGAAUACCGAAUAAUUCAAAUUUUAUUAUUCGGCAAAACGAAUAUUCGGCCGUAUAUUCGGCCGAAUAAUCGGUCAGAUAUUCGGCCGAUUUUCUUGUUAAAAAUCUCGUGAAGUUAUUGUAAAGGGCAUCUUUGUUUUCAAGAAAGUAGAAUUUGGAAGCCAGCAUCUUCAGAAAAGUUUUAACAUCACAGAAAAAGUAACUUUUUGCAAAUAAAAUGCUCCAAAAAUCCACUUCACAAUUAACUUAAUUCUUGAUUUAGUGUGUUGUUGCUAUGUUUAGUCAUUAUUCGGCCUAUUCGGUAUAUUCGGCCGAAUAAUACAUUUAAUAUUCGGCUAAACGAAUAUUCGGCAAAAUCUAAAAUAAGCUGAUAUUCGGCCCGAAUAUUCGGCCGGCCGAAUAUUCGGUACAUCACUAGUAAAAAUAAAGCGGAAUUAUUUAUAAGUUUAAA